UAUUGCUAUUAUAAAUCAAUAAUUUGAAGAAAAAAAACAAAUAUUUAUUUACUUAUACUCUCUUGGCGAAUUUCACGAUUAAUAUAUCAAGGCUCACAAAUUUGUGCCAUCCAUUCAAUUGACACCAUCUUAGAACAAGAUAAGGUUUGAAUUCAGACAACAAUGGAGUUGAGAACAUUUACCUUACAACCAAACCUGACACACAUGUUUCCAAAACCCACAUGUUGUGUCAAACUUUGUAAUUUCCAACAUUCAACUCAGAAGGAUUUUUCACUGAAAAUCAGUAGAAGAAACUUGGGUUUGAUUAUGAGUGGAGUGUGUAUAUUCAGGACAGAGAACGCAAAUGCGUUUGAUUUUGGACUUGUGGCCCCUGAUCAAACAGCUGAAGAGGCACAAAAUGUAGUGAGAGUUCAUGUACAAGAUUUGUUACAAGUUGGAGAUUUGUUAAAGUCGGAGUCAUGGAAAGAAGCGCAAAAGCAAUUGAGAAAAAGCUCAGCACUUUUGAAGAAGGAUAUGUACACCAUAAUUCAAAGUAAGCCUGGAAAAGAGAGACCAGAGUUGAGGGAGCUCUAUUUUACUCUCUUCAGCAAUGUUACAAGACUAGAUUAUGCAGCAAGGGAUAAAGAUGGACCAGAAGUGUGGCAGCGGUACGAGAACAUUGUUGUGGCUGUGAAUGACAUUCUGUCCAGAAUAUAAUUGUCCCUAGUGUUUUCAUCAAUGGGAGAUUAAGCAAUUCUUGAUAAGUUUAUGUGACAACUUUUGAAAUGUUCUUUUGUCACUAAGGAAAUAUAUUUUGAGAUGGGUUCUAAUCAAUGAGAGAAAUUUACUUUUUAUUGA